AUGACGGUACCCACCGGGGCAGAACAUCCCCAGGCUGGAUAUGGCCAGGGUUAUUCUGCAGACGUGGAUACCAUCCGAGAGCAAGAGUAUCCCCUAUUGAAUGAGACAACAUAUCUUGAUCACGCAGGCACAACGCCAUAUGCGAAGUCUAUGAUUGAGGAUUUUUCGAAGAAUAUGACAUCCAAUCUAUUUGGAAACCCUCAUUCGAUGUCUCUGUCAUCGCAGCUAUCCACGCAACGAACGGACGAUAUUCGCCUACGGGUCCUCCAAUUCUUCAACGCGGACCCAGAGGAGUUCGAUCUGGUCUUUGUGGCAAAUGCAACUGCAGCCAUAAAGCUUGUCGCUGAUUCGCUACGGGACUCCGACCACCGCGGCUUUUGGUAUAGCUAUCAUAUCGAUUCCCACACGAGUGUGGUCGGGGUGCGUGAAUUGGCGGAUAUGGGCCAUCAAUGUUUCCAAAACGAUGCCGAAGUAGACGCUUGGAUCCCUGAGCUACUCAGUCUACAGACAAAGGCACCUAAACUCUUUGCAUUCCCGGCACAAUCCAAUAUGAAUGGUCGUCGCCUUCCUCUCCGGUGGUGUAAGGAGGUUCGUUCGGCAGCACAGGAAUGCGGAGGAAAUGUCUACACACUACUCGAUGCAGCUUCGCUGGUGUCGACGGCGCCGCUUGACAUUGGCUUAGCGGCGCCAGACUUUACCGCGCUCAGCUUCUACAAAAUUUUUGGAUUCCCAGAUCUAGGCGCCUUGAUCGUCCGAAAGAGUGCUGCCCGUGUAUUUGAGAGACGCAGGUACUUUGGUGGCGGCACUGUGGAUAUGGUCAUCGCAGCAGGUGCACAGUGGCACGCAAAGAAAGAAAUUUCUAUCCACGAGCGCCUUGAGGACGGCACGCUGCCUUUUCAUAGCAUUUUGGCUCUGGAUGCCGCCCUUGAUACCCAUAAGCGCCUCUAUGGCUCGAUGGCAAAUAUCUCCGCGCAUACUGCGUUCCUGGCCAAGCGACUCUACGACCGACUUUCUGUCUUGACCCAUUGGAAUGAGACAACUGCGUGCCAGAUCUACCAAACUAACUCCGCUUAUGGAUGUCCUACCACUCAAGGUCCUAUUAUUGCGUUCAAUAUACGAAAUAGCAAGGGCGAAUGGGUUCCCAAGACCGAGGUGGAGAAGCUGGCCACCAUCCAAAAUGUCCAAAUCCGGACUGGAUCGGUUUGCAACCCGGGAGGUACUGCACGCUCUCUUGGGUGGACGGGCGCAGACCUGCGCCGUCAUUACUCUACUGGAUUGCGUUGCGGAGACGCCCACGACAUUUUGGGUGGGCGGCCGACAGGCAUUCUGCGUGUCAGUUUAGGUGCAAUGACUAACAUGAAGGACAUCGACUCGCUGGUUGACUUUGUUGAGGAGUUUUAUGUGGAGAAGAUCCCUUCCAUUGUUGCAUUGAAUCCGCCUCUUGAAGCGACUGAUGUCGUCGGAAGGCACUUUUACAUUGAAAGCCUUUCAGUGUUUCCCAUUAAGAGCUGUGGUGCCUUCAGAAUCCCCGAGGGCAAACCCUGGGAGGUCAAAAGAGAAGGACUGGCUUGGGAUCGAGAAUGGUGCCUGAUCCACCAAGGGACCGGGGCAGCAUUGAACCAAAAGCGCUACCCGCGCAUGGCUCUCAUUCGCCCUGCGAUUGAUCUUGAUCGGGGUGUCCUGCGUAUCACCUGUGGUGUUCUGACCGACCAAGUGAGCCUCGAGAUCUCUCUUGGCUGGGAGGACACAAGUCUCAUUUCUACCUCGUUAUGCUCAAACACAAAAAGGUCGUCUAUGAUAUGUGGAGUUCAAAUUCCCCUGCAUGCUUAUGCUUCACCGGUGGUGUCUGCAUUCUUUUCCGACUUUCUGGGUGUUCCUUGUACUCUGGCCCGGUUCCCUUCCCAAACUGCCAACCGAUAUUCACAGCCACGUCGUCUGUCUGGCACGUGGAGAAGCAGGUUCCGCAAGUUUAUCAUGCCUGGUUCAUUCCCGCCUGACCUUCCUCCUCCAGCCCGCGAGGUAAACGGAAAAUCUCUUCUGCUUUCGAACGAGAUGCCAAUUCUAGUCGUCUCGCGCUCAUCUGUCAAUCGUCUCAACGAAACAAUUAAAGCAAACACGAAGCAUGGCACUGGCGGAGGUAAGGCUGUUGCCGCAGAUGUUUUUCGAGGCAAUAUAGUCGUGGCAGAACGACUCGCUCAGCUCGGAGAUGCGGAACAGCCUUACGCUGAGGACCACUGGUCCUCUCUUCGCAUCGGCCCAGAUCAGCUCCGUGUUGAUGUGUUGGACGCAUGUCAACGGUGCCAAAUGGUCUGUAUCGACCAAUUUACGGGUCUACGAUGUGACGAGCCAUUUUCUACCCUUGCUAAAACCAGAAAUAUAAACGGCAAAGUCUGUUUUGGUAAAUAUGCCGCACUUGCUUCAGAGGAGACGGAACGCUUUGAGUCGUGGCCAGACCAUAGGACAGUCAUGGUAGGAGAUGUUGUCAUGCCUACAUACGAUGGUGAAUGA